AUGGCUUCACUAUAUGAAGAUGAUAUUUCUUGUCCCGUGUGUCAUGAAAUUUUCAAGGCUCCUGUUCUUUUAUCAUGUAGUCACAGUUUCUGUAAAGAGUGUCUUCAACAGUUCUGGAGAACCAAGGAUACUCCGGAGUGUCCUGUCUGCAGGAGAAGGUCCUCAAGAGAAGAACCACCAUAUAAUCUUGUGUUAAAGAACUUGUGUGAGUUGUUCCUGAAGGAGAGAAAUGAGAGCCGUUCAUCAGGAUCUGAGGAGAUCUGCAGUUUACACAGUGAGAAACUCAAACUCUUCUGUCUGGAAGACAAGCAGCCGGUGUGUGUAGAGUGCUUUAUUUCACAGAAACACGUCAAUCACACAGUCAGGCCCAUCAGUGAAGUUGUUCCAUCAUAUAAGGAGGAACUCAAUACAGCACUGAAAUCAUUACAAGAGAAACUUCAACAUAAUGAAACAAUGAAAGGAGAGUUUGGGGAAACAGUUCAGCACAUCAAGUCUCAAGCUGAGCACACAGAGCGUCAGAUUAAACAGCAGUUUGAGAAGCUUCAUCAGUUUCUCAGAGAUGAAGAAGAAGCUACAAUCACUGCACUGAGGGAGGAAGAGGAGCAGAAGAAGCAGAUGAUGAAGGAGAAGCUGGGGGAGAUGAACAGACACAUCUCAGCUCUUUCACACACAAUCAAAGACAUGGAGGAGAUGAUGAAAGCCAGUGACGUCUGCUUUCUGAAGGAGUUUCCAGUCUCAAUGGAAAGAGUCCAGAUCUCAUCACAGCCGGAUCCACAGACUCCUUCUGGAGCUUUGAUUCAUGUGCCAUGUUACUUGGACAACCUGCCGUUCAGAGUCUGGAAGAAGAUGCAGGACAUCGUCCAGAACAGAAGUGUUUGGCCCAAACAGGCCCCCGAGCUGAAGCCCCAGGUGCCUCAAUGUAAAGCCCUUUACAAAUAUGACGCCCAAGACACCGAUGAGCUCAGUUUCAACGAAGAUGACAUCAUUGACAUCACUCAUGAAGAUGUCUCUGGAUGGUGGACAGGGAAACUGAGAGAUAAAGAAGGUUUUUUUCCAGGCAACUAUGUGACCAAGAUCUAACCUCUACUGCCGUUACUGAGGGGAUUAGACUUGAACCUAAGCAGGACAAAGAAAGGAGGGAAAGCGGAGACAAUGUGUUGCUACAGACACUUGAGGCCAUGGUGGCAGAUGCCAACUGGACAUGAAAAUGUUUUCUAGGUCCCUAAAUACUAAGCUGUCCCUGCUGUGAGCACUGAUCAAAACUUUUGUUUUUAUCAAGGCUAUGAACCGGUUUAAGGAAUGAAACAAAAUCCUGAAACAAACUAAAUUUUAACAGAAGCAUAAACAAAAGCAAAAACAAAAUCAAGUUUAAUCAUCCUGAACAGAAAUGCUUAUUUGAAAUGACCAUUAAACAGUUAAUAGCAUUAUUUUAUCUGUCUGUUUAAGAUUUUAAUUUUGCAGUCAACCAAUCACAAAUUUAAAUAGUACGGCCUAUGCAAAUGUGACACCGAUACAUCCAACGUGAGUGAAAUGCCUGUACUCAGUUGUCAAGUCAUCAGGUGAGUUGCAAGGCAAUGUGCUGGCAUUAGCUGUUGGAUCUCAGGAGAUUAUCAGAGGAUGUAUCACCAUGUCAGGCUAUAUACCAUUCAUGUAGACCCACUACUCUUUUUUUUUUAACGAUUAAACUCCUUCUUGUCAAAGUUAGUAUUGUGGCUUUAUGUAUGAUCAGACACUUCCAUGUGUCGUUACACAAAGCUGGCCUCUAUAGCAGGGUGGCAAGAAAGAAGACUUUCCUGAAAAAGUGCCACACUCAGUCUUGUUUGCGCUAUGCAAGAACACACCUGGAAGACUCUGAUGCCAUCUGGCAAAACAUGCUGUCAUGACAGCUCUCAAAGAGACUGGCAUGGUAAUGAAUAUGGCACUGUUCAUGUAAAAA